AUGGCUGGUGCAUUACCGCGACGAAUUAUCAAAGAAACACAAAGGCUUAUGGCUGAUCCAGUACCUGGUAUAUCGGCUAGUCCUGAUGAUAACAAUGCACGAUACUUCCAUGUGAUGAUCGCAGGACCACAAGAUUCGCCAUUUGCUGGUGGUGUAUUCAAGCUAGAACUAUUCUUGCCAGAGGAGUAUCCAAUGGCUGCUCCCAAGGUGAUUUGA